AUGGCAUCGAAACUAGAACAGAUGGGAGAAGCAUUGGCUGAGAUAAACAAACAGAAUUUCAAGCCGUCGGGAAUAUUCACCAACUCGCUGUUGAACACCACAGACCCAACACAAAUUAUCCGUGACAUAAGAGACGAAGAGGCUGUCUUCUUUUUGGGCAAGAAGAUGCAGGAAAUCGACUACGAGAUGAUCAGCAACUUGGGGUUCAAUAAUAGUGAUCAGUAUGCCCAGUAUGAGGUGUCAAAACUUUUACAAGAGAGAAGCAAUGAUGCAGAAUUGGAUUUGAUGGUUGAAGAAGCCGUACCUCGAGAUUUACGAGAAGAUGUAGAGUAUUCGGAUGACAUUGAGGACUUGGUGGCAAUAUACAAGAGGUGCCAUACCAUAAAACGAUUAUGGGCGUCACCGACGAUGACCAUGCUAGAUUCAGAGACCCUUAGCCUGUUGAAAAAUACCCAAGAUAAGCUUGAUCAGGUUGUUGGACUACUCAGAGAAAUUUCGCAGUUACGUAGAGAUGUCAAGUCCCAGACACAGCAAUUCAAUCAAUCAUUUAGUAGUGAAGGCAGGUAG